UAUGUUAGUUGCUUUUUCUGUAUGUGGCGAAGUUGUCGACACACUUUUUAGGCAAUUACAUACUAAAAAGAGUGUUUUUGGUUGCUUACUUGGCUUCCGAUUCUUGAUAAUGAUCGGUAAUCUGAUGUGGCUGAUGAUAUGAUGCCAACAAUCUGAUAUGUUAGUUGCUCUUUCUGUAUGUGGUGAAGUUGUUGACACACUUUUUAGGCAAUUACAUUCUAAAAAGAGUAUUUUUGGUUGCUUACUUGGCUUCCGAUUCUUGGAAAUGAUCGGUAAUCUGAUGUGGCUGGUGAUAUGAUGCCAAUCUGAUAUGGCCAUUGCUUUUUCUGUUCAUGUGGUGAAAUGUUGAUGCACUUUUUAGUUGAUUAGCGUUUUUGGUCGCUUACUUGGCUCCCGGUUCUUGAUAAUGAUCGGAUAAUAGAUUGAUGAUAUGAUGCCAAUCUGAUAUGUCUGUUGAUACACGUUUUAAACGAUAGUAGGUAUGGCUAAUUAGUGUUUUUGGUCGCUUACUCGGCUUCCGAUUCAUAGGCUUACGAUAUGACAAAUUGCUUUUUUUUAUGUGGUGAAGUUGUUGAGUACUUUUUAUCCGAUUACAUGCUAAAAGAGCGUUCUUGCUCGUUUACUUGGUUUCCGAUUCUUGAUAAUGAUCGGUAAUCUGAUAUAGGCUUAUGAUAUCAUGUCAAUUGCUUUUUUCUGUUUAUGUGAUGAAGAUGUUGUGUUAGGAACACACCUUUCGCUUCAUAUCAUGUUGAUGCACUUUUUAACAGAUUACAUUCUAAAAAGAGUGUUGUUGGUCGUUUACCUGGCUUCCGAUUCUUGAUAAUGAACCUAAAUCUGAUAUUGGCUGAUGAUAUGAUUCAAAUCUGAUAUAUGCCACUUGCCUCUUCUGUUUAUGUGGUAAAGAUGUUCGUUUUUUGUGUUCGGGAAAAGGCGUGCUUCUCCACUCCUCUCACGCCCGAUGCAAAGAAAGGCGGCAGCAAAUUUGCCAAGCACGUCACACACGGCUCCCAUCUAGCGAAAGGAAAGGCGAAUCACGCCAUGGAAGACUACUUGGUGUCAGAACUCAAGAUGGUAGACGAGCACGAGUUGGGCUUGUUUGCCAUCUACGACGGACACAUGGGGCACGACGUUCCAAGUUACCUGCAGCUUCACCUCUUCGACACUAUAUUGAACGAGAGCGAUUUCUGGACCGACACAAAAAAUGCACUAAAGAACGCGUAUCACAAGAUGGAUAAGGUAAUAUUGGAGAAAUCGGGUCAACUGGGGAAAGGAGGGUCGACAGCAGUGACUGCGAUAUUGAUCAACGGACAGAAGCUCGUUGUUGCAAACGUAGGGGACUCCCGGGCUGUCAUCAGCAAGAAGGGCGUCGCCAAACAACUAUCUGUCGACCACGAACCUAGCAGGGAAAGGAAGUUCAUCGAGAGCAAGGGUGGUUUCGUAUCAAACCUGCCCGGCGACGUCCCUCGCGUUGAUGGCCAGCUGGCGGUGGCGAGGGCGUUUGGCGACAAGAGCUUGAAGAGGCACGUGACCUCGGAGCCUGAUAUAGCAGUCGAGGCCAUAGAUGACGAUGAUGCUGAGUUCAUCAUCUUAGCAAGCGAUGGAUUGUGGAAUGUCGUGUCGAACCAGGAAGCGGUCGACUCCAUCAAGACGAUCAAGGACCCUCACGCAGCAGCAAAGCAUCUCGUUGACGAGGCGGUGUCGAGGAAGAGCAAGGACGACAUCUCUUGCAUCGUUGUGAGGUUUCAUUAGCCUUUGAUUUGAUCAGUUUUAAUGCUCCCAAAGCUGUUAUAUAGGAUUUGAAGAAGAUUGGGGCAUACUUGUGUAUAAUGUUAUGAUUCCAAAAAUAUGUGAUUCUAUACUUUUUGUCGUAUAUCGGAAUUUCGUUUUUCGCGUGUC